AUGGGAGAUAUUUCAGAACCUCUGCUUACUACCAAUCAAGAAGAAACUCAAGAAAAUUAUCAAGAAACUCAGCAAGAAACCCAGCAAGAAAUUGAGCUAACACAGCUAAUUCCUCUAGAAACAAUAGAAAAACCGAUUCAAAAGAAAAUUACAGGCAGAAAAAAGAAGCAAUUAACCCCACGCCAAAUGCUGCUCAUCUCUAAAAUGGAUGAAAUCACAAAUAAUAUUUUAUCGAACGCUGAGUCAACCUUAGCAACUCCUCAUCCUAUAUCUUGCCUCUCUCUUUCAAUUGACGGAGUUUCUAUCUUUUUUGGCAGUGAAAAUGGCUCUGUCUCAAAAUACAAUACCAUCGAAAAAAAAGUUACAUAUGAUGUACCUUUAGGAAGCGAAAAAAUCCACAGCCUUCUAUUAGAUGAGAUAAGCCAAAGAGCCUUCAUUUGUGGAGAAAGCUCAAAAAUCAGGUGAUACAGAUUGCCGCUUUUUGAGCUAGAAUUUGAAUUUUUAGGCCAUUCUGAACAAGUGUGCCAAAUUUUAUUAGACCCAAGAAGAUUAUUUUUAUACUCAGCAAGUGAUGAUAAAACAGUAAGAAAAUGAAGUUUAGCGAAAAAAUCCUUCGAAGAAAUCAUAUUACAGCAUAAUUUUCCGGUAAAAUGCAUUGCUAUAACUUAUGAUGGAAAAUAUUUUUUUUCUUCAGGAGAAGGAAGACUAAUUAAGGUUUACGAUAUGACUUUUAAAAGAGAAAUUUUAAACUUGAAGUCCCAUAGUGAUUGUGUGAGAUGCUUAGUCGUGAAUAAAGAAUCUUCAUUUUUAGCUUCAGGUGGAGAUGAUAAUCUAGUUAUUAUUUGGAGUAUUCAAGAAUUCACACCGAUUAAAGUAAUUUCUGAGCACUCAUCGUCUAUAUCUGCUUUAGCAUUUAACGAUGACUCAAGCUUUCUUAUUUCUGGUAGCAGGGAUUCUAAUAUAAAAGUAUGAGAUAUCGACAAAGAGCGUCGAGAAAUCGCAUUAAAUGCCCACACAGGUCCAGUUACCAGCUUAUUAAUAUCCCCAAAUCAAGAUUUUAUAGCUUCUUCAUCAGAAGAUAUGAGCUUGAAAAUAUGAAGUUUUCCUAUAUUUCUUGAUGAUAAGAUAUACCGGUCACUUCAAAAUGAUAUUUUAUGUGUCACUUUUACCCCUAUCACAAAAUCAAUCAUUUUAUGUGGGUCUGAUAAAUGUGUCAGGCUAUGAAAUCCUUAUGAAGAUGAAGGAUUUUUGCUGCUUACUGCACAAGGCCCAUGUCUAAAAGCUGCUGUUUCUUCAGAUGAAAGAUAUGUAGCGAUUGGUGACGAAAUUGGGUAUUUAUACAUUGUAAACCUUGCUGGAAAAAGUAUAGAAAAGCAGGUGCAUGCUCAUAUGGGGCCGAUUAGGGAUCUAUGCUUUACCCCUAAUAAUCUAAAAAUAUUCACAGGUGGAGGAGACUCAAAAAUUAAUAUAUGGAAUAUUGAAACUUUAGAAGCAAUUUCACUAAAAGGCCACCAGCAGUCAAUAUGAUCCAUUUCUAUAAGUUCAAAUGGAGAGAUUCUUGUGUCAGGGAGCAGUGAUAAAUCAUUAAGAGUCUGGGAUCAAGAUGGAAAUGAAAAAUCAGUGAUACUUGCACUGGACCAAGUUACAUGUGUAGCUUUUGAUAGAACUGAUAUAGAAGUUUCCUAUGUUGGCGCUGUAAGGCCGAUAAAUUCUGAUCGGAAUUUAUCGGUUGGUUGCACCAAAUCAAUGCCUUGGUCGGACCAAAAAGCGAUUUGGUCGACGGACUUGGAAAGCUCCUGGGAAAAUGUCUGCGCUUUCAGCGCUAUAUAGAGAAAACCUCUAUAGCUACAUCAUAGCUGGAUGCACUUCUGGGCAAGUAAAAAUAUGGAGCGUGUUUGAGUUUUACCAUGAAUCAACGUUUAAUAAACACACUGAUGCUGUGACGUCGCUUUAUGUAACACUUGACAAUGAAAUAUUUUUUAGUUCGUCGCUUGAUAAAACUCUUCAGAUUUAUUCUUUAAAAUAUAGGACACCGUUAACUUAUAUGGCCAGAAAACAAGCCAUUUUUUGCAUGGGAUUGUCAUCAGAUGAAAAAUAUAUAAUAACAGGCGAACACGAAUUGAUUUACUUACUUCCCCCUUUAAGUUGUAGCAAAAGGGGUUUAUAUUGUUUUUUAAAAAAAAAAAACUAUAUUUAAAUUUUAAAAUAUACAUUGAGGACAAUACUUUGAUAUUUUAAUUUAUUUUUAUGAAGAAAUAAUUAAAAAUAAUUUAAUCGAUUCAGUGUGAAAGCUGUUUAAAUAGCCAUUUCACUUGCAUUUUUUCCAUUAAAUUAGGUUAAAACUCAUUUUAUAAAAAUUGGGUAUUUUUAUAAAAAAAAUGUAAACUGAGCAUCAUACUUAACGAUUCAGUGUGAAAACUGCUUAAAUAGCAUUCUACAUGCACUUUUGUUUAUUAAAUUAGUCCAAAAACUAAUUUAUAAAAAUUAAUAUUUUCAUCGAUAAAAUUUUUCCCUAUUGAAAAAACAAAUUUUGUUGAAUUUAAACGCAGUUAAAGUGCCCAAAAAAUCCAAAUUUUACUAUGUUUUAUUCAAGGGGGUUACAAGAAAACCCAUUAAUCUCAAACGAUUUCAGAAUUCUCGGCCCAGAAGACUCGAUCCAGAAGUUCUUAACUUAUAUGAAAUCCCUUCUCACCGAACUCGAGCGAACUCCAGAUCCAGAAAUGGACCAAUUCUUGAUUUUGCCUGAGUUUUUCAAUUCUCUCCACAUAUAUGCUUAUUUCAAUCAAAGAGAUUACCUCGCCUUAUCACUAUCUCAAGAGAGUCCUCCAUUUUUUACCUCAAAGAAUGGGUUUAAUCCUUUGUCUGUCUGCUUAUUAAGAGGCCUAGGUCAAUUAAGAGAUGAUGUCAUUAGAGCUUUUUGUGAACAAGGAGAAACCAAUACUUAUUUAUUGCAGAUGGUCGAGUCUGAUUUAACAGCGAUGAACAGAAUGGGAUUUUCGCUCCUUGGAGAUUUAUAUAAUGUGAUAUAUAAAGAUAUUUACAGAAAAGGCUUACCGAAAUUCUGUGCAAAAGACGUGGUUUUGCCAAAUAUACAGCUAAAAGACAGCUUUAGAGUAAAGGCAGGAGAAUUUCUUGAUGAAGGCAAGCUAACUUCUCAUGGAGUUGGAGUUACUUUUUUUGAAAGCUACGUAAAAGUCAAUAUGGCAAUUGGCAGUAGAGAAAGCAUUGAAUUUUUAGAAUCCCUUGAAGCCUGCUCCAACUCUGAUGUCAUCAAAAGCCAGCUUGUCAAAGAUAUUAUUGAAUAUAAGUGGCAAACAGCUAAAUACAUCAUGAUUUAUCAAGGCUCCAUCUUUCUUACAUAUAUGCUGUGCCUUUGUGUUUACACUCUUUUUUUCAUGGGUAAUCUCUCAUAUCUUAUCAGUCUUUUUGUCUUUAAUAUUUUGCUAUUAGGAUAUGAGGUUUUCCAAAUAUGUGUUGGAGGCUGAUCAUAUUUUUCUGAUGGGAUGAAUUAUGUGGACUGAAGCAGAGGGAUUUUCAUAUUUAUUUAUAUUAUUGGAGAAUGGACAGGAGGGAUGGAUAGAUACUUGUAUUCCGUCUUUUCUGUAGCCACACUUAUGAGCUGGCUAAGAGGUUUAACUUAUUUUCGCCUUAUAGAUUCUACAAGGCCUUAUAUAAAUUUACUAUUUGAAACUGCAGCAGACAUUUCAGGAUUUCUUAUUUUAUUUUUAUAUUCCACGCUUGCUUUUAGUUUCCUUUUCAUGGUGCUUGCAUUUAACGACAGUCUGAUAGAAAUUCUCAUAUCUUUAAAAGACUCUUAUAAUUUAGCACUUGGAAAUUACCCUGAAGGUGAUUUUAAUUUUAUUGAGUUUAUAAUGGUGACUACUUCACUGAUAAUAGGACCAAUUAUUAUGUUUAAUUUGCUGAUUUCUAUUAUUUCAGAUACUUAUGAAAGAGUGCUGAGUGAUCGUGUUGCUGCUGAUUUAAAGGAAUUAAUUAACAUGAUAAUAGAAGUUGAGUAUAUGAUGUUUCACAAGAGGCUUUUCAAUGAAAACAAAUAUGUCCAAUCUUGCCAUGAAACGGUAAAUGAAGACAGAGACGAAUGGGAAGGAAAGCUAAGAGCGCUCGAAAAAAGCAUCGACAAAAUCAACCAAAGCAACCAAAUUUUAUGUGAUUCAGCAAUCAAAAGAAUUGAGGAAGAAGAGGAAAAUAUGAGUGAGUUUUCCAACAGAUUAGAAAGAAUUUUAGAAUUUGCAAAGAGUAAUAAUAAUCAAUUAUUUUAG